AUGGCACUCAAGCCCAGGCCAUUCGCCGACAGCCUAUGUCACGAGUCUCCCCGCGACAUGGAUGAGCUCUGCGCUCACGCUGUAGGAUACAUCCAGAUGGAGGAACACUCCGCUUUCCGUAAUCAAAUUCGUGGAAAAGGACCAAUGAAGCCUGAACAGGGCCACAAAGACAAAAUCAGGGUCAACACCGAUAGCCAAGUCCACAUUCUGGAGGAGGCCAGUGAUAGCAACCUACUCGCCCUGCCACCGCCAGGCCACACUCCCAACAGUGCGGACAAGUCCAAACACUGCCAGUACCACAGGAAUCACGGCCACACCACCGAGGAGUGCCGCACACUCCGAGAUCGCAUCGAAGAACUCAUCCAAUCAAGCCACCUCGGCCACUAUGUCCAGCAAAGUCACCAGGGAAGCUACGAUGGACCAAGACGAGAUAGAGGACAUGGUUCAGGAGCUCGCACGAACCAACCCUCUGGUUCUCAACUCAACCCCGGCAGAGCAGUGCAAGCCGAGAGCUUACCGAUGAUUACUUUUACCGACAAAGACUAUGCCGAAGUCAAUCCCAACCAGGAUGAUCCCAUGGUUAUAGCCGUGGAGUUGGCCAAUUGGGAGGUUCACAAGACACUGAUCGACCAACAGAGCUCGGCCGACGUCCUGUAUUGA